AUGGCCAGAAAAGACCAACCGGACGUACGUGUUUACAAUGGUGCAAGCUCAGCGGCGCCGGAGAGUGAACAGAGACCGCAGCAACGGCGAUGGAUCAGGUCUCUGUCUCCCGUUGGGAAACUGUACCGUUCGAGCGCUGGCCUUGUUCAUUUGAGAAAUCGAAGUCUCAGCGUGAGGACCUCCAAUUCGGCGGUAAGCGAUAGCCAGGAAUCAGAGACGUCGAAUUCCCAUGUGAGCAAGGAGCACGACCAUGAUUUGGCAAGGCCGUGUGGGAUGGCUAAGAGCAUUGUAGGGUUGCUUACAACUGCGAGCGUGUAUGCUGGAAUGGGUGACUUGGAACAAGCUCAUCAGACAGGGGAAGAGGAAGAAGGGAAAGAGGAUGAUGAGGAAGAAGAACUAGAAGACGAUGAUGAAGAAGAAGUAGAAGAGUUAGAAGACGAUGAUGAUGUAGAAGGAGGAGGAGGAGAAGAAGAAGAAGAAGAAGAAGAAGGAGAGGACGAACAAGAAGAAAGGGAUAAUUAUAGUGUCUUCCUGGACAACAACUCGCGCAAAAAGCCGCAGGACGGAAAAGGAGAGUCGGUUCCUGGAUCCCCAUUACUGGCCCUACAAGCAGCUGACGAAGCCGACCAUACUUCGGAUAGCUUGCGCAGCUCAAGCGACCUUGACUCUUUGGCGAAUACUGUAACGCAUUUCUCAAAGAAAGACUCCCUUUUCGAGUUGUCCGUGGUAUCUAAUAAUGAUGCCAAUUCCCUUUCCUCAUCCAGCUCCAGAAGUCGUCGUUCUAAGAUCUACAAGAAACUGCUUUCGAAGUUCAACUUAAGUGAAGAUGAGGAUCAGUUUGUGACAAAAUAUUCGUGUUGGCUACUCAAAGACCUCCUCAUUCAGGGCCACAUUGUACUGACGACGCGCCAUCUCUUAUUCUUCGCUUUUUUGCCAAAAAGUACAGGUACUCCCAAGAUGUCCGGCAAUUUGUCCAUCAUAUCUGGUGUUGGCCUGAGCGGUAGGUGGACACGCUACUGGUCUGUGCUCAAAGACCAUACUCUGUCACUUUACAAUUCUCCCAGGGAUCUUUACUUUCCGCUUUUAACAAUAGACCUGAGAUAUGCUAAUAGAAUAGAGCUUGCCAAGCAUGACGAAGAAGCUACAGGCCAUUUCAAAAUUCAUACUGAGGCCAAAGUUUACAAGUUUCGAGCUGAUUCUGGUUACGCUUCACGGUCAUGGUGUAGUGCCCUUAAAAAGCAACUAUUCGCCACACAGAACUCUGAUAAUGACUCCAUUUCCGUCAAGAUUCCAUUGUCCAACAUUAUUGAUAUCGAUGAACAAACGGUUGUCGCACAAUCUGUUACUAUGAGAAUAAGAGUUUUAGAAACUCCGCAGUCGUUUGCUGUUGAUGACUAUUUCUUCAUGUUUUUGAGCAAAAAAGACGCAAAUUUGAAAGAAAUGAUAAACAGGCUGCUCUUGGAUGUAGGACAGUCUCAUCCCAAGAAGUUGGAAGCAGAGCGCACCUUACUUUCGAAUGAUAUAUCUCUAAACACCGACCUUAGUUUGGGAAGAGAAAUAAGGCAAAACAAGACAGGUUUGGGCUCUGGGAAGAUCAUCAAAAGAGUACUGUCACCUGUUACUCGAGUUCAUAGACCUUCCUUCUCGAUGAGUAUACCUUUUAAUUCUAGACUCCCCCAACGUACCAAAGAGUCGCACUUCUCGAAAGAUGAAGAGGUCAACGCGCCAAGUGGUCAAGGUUCAACAAAUAAGAACAGCGAUCUGUCAAGUCCAGAACACAUCGAGGCUCCCGAUGAUGGUCUUUCAGAGAGCGACAGCUACUUUGGAACUGUUGAGGACAACAAAGGAAGAAUCAUGAGUUUGGCAAGUUGGACUCCCAGGCCAAUAAAAAAUAUGGGAAGUAUGUGGGGCGCACAUCCAAUGCAUUACAGGUACAAUGACGAAGAAAUGUUUCCAGAUGAUGACCAGUACUUGGCAAACAGCAAAGAGCAGAUUUUAGCGAGCCAAAGGUUUAGAUCACAUUUUUCAUUGCGACAGGAUGAAGCUCUCACGGCCGCAUAUUAUGCGCACUUGAAUAAAAAUAUUCCGGUGUAUGGCAAGCUGUAUUUAGGCUCUUCAGUACUUUGCUUCAGAUCGCUUCUUCCCGGCACGAAAACGAAAAUGAUUUUGCCAGUCUCUGACGUCGAAAAUUGCUACAAAGAGCGCGGCUUUAGGUUUGGGUACUUCGGACUUGUCGUGGUAAUUCAUGGCCAUGAGGAACUGUUUUUCGAAUUCAGUCUACAAAGCUCCCGGGAUGAUGCGGAGUGUCUCAUACUCAAGCAGCUAGAUUCAACCAAGGCCCAAACAGGUGGUUUGGGUGAUGUGGGCAAGUUAACUAAUAAUUUUACUGCCACUACCCUAUCGGCAGAGCAGCAAGUCUCAGAGGCGGCCAAGUUAAGAUUGUUUGAAGAUAAGAUAAGUGCCGAAGGCUUUGACGUUCCAGUAAUGAUAGAGGAAAGUCCAUUUAAUAAGACUACCUUAACGCCAAAAAAAUCCUACCGCUUUGGCCUAUUGACGAUAGGCUCCCGCGGGGAUGUUCAGCCUUAUAUUGCAUUAGGUAAAGGGUUACUGGCAGAAGGCCAUCGUGUUACCAUAAUAUCGCACGGUGAAUUUCAAGAUUGGGUCACGUCGUAUGGCAUAGAUUUUAGAGAAAUCGCUGGGAACCCUGCUGAGCUGAUGUCUCUCAUGGUUCAGCAUGGUUCUAUGAACGUGGGUCUUCUAAGGGAAGCUUCUUCGCACUUUAGAGGGUGGAUUACGAAACUUUUGGAAACGGCUUGGCUUGCUUGUCAGAACUUAGAUAUCCUCAUUGAAUCCCCCUCGGCUAUGGCGGGUAUCCAUAUUGCCGAGGCACUGAGAAUUCCGUAUUUUAGGGCUUUCACCAUGCCUUGGACGCGCACGAGGGCGUACCCACAUGCAUUCAUCGUUCCUGAUCAAAAGCGAGGUGGCAACUAUAACUUUUUUACACACGUUCUCUUCGAAAACAUUUUUUGGAAAGGUAUUGGUGGACAAGUUAACAAAUGGCGAACUGAGACUUUAGGGCUCGGAAAAACAAACUUAAUGUUGAUGCAGCAAAAUAAAGUUCCUUUUCUUUAUUGUGUCUCUCCUACAAUAUUCCCCCCUUCUGUAGAUUUCAGUGAAUGGGUAAAGGUUACCGGCUAUUGGUUCCUAGAGGGAGAAGAAGAUUAUGUUCCUCCAAAAGCUUUAGUGGAUUUCAUUGCCAAAGCGAGAUCAUCUGGUAAAAAACUGGUUUAUAUUGGAUUUGGGUCCAUUGUCAUAAGUGACCCCAAGAAGAUGACCAAAGCUAUCGUGGACGCCAUACUUGAGGCGGACGUUUUUUGCAUCUUAAACAAGGGAUGGUCGGAUCGACUAGGCGGCGAUGACAAAAGUGACACAGAGGCUCUCCCCAGUUGCAUUUAUAGUUGCGGCUCCGUUCCCCAUGAUUGGUUGUUUCCAUUGGUUGACGCGGCCGUUCAUCAUGGUGGUUCCGGAACCACGGGAGCUGCCUUGAAAGCGGGACUUCCAACCGUAGUCAAACCUUUUUUUGGUGACCAAUUCUUUUAUGCUAGUCGCGUGGAAGAUAUUGGUGCUGGUAUCAGUCUCAAAAAACUGAACAGUAAGACUCUUUCGCGAGCGCUGAAAGAAGUUACUUCUAAUUCUCGAAUUGUCCAUAAGGCCCAGCAAAUAAAGCACGAUAUUUUCAGAGAGAAUGGCGUUGGCUCGGCGAUCAAUUGUAUAUACUCCGAACUUGAGUAUGCGCGAAGCCUUGUAUUAGAGAAAAAUAAGGACAUGAAAAAGACUACAAAGGUUGGAUCAUCCCCAGAAGAAAAUAGUUGGCUAUUGGUGUAG